UCAUCCGGCCAGGAAGCCGGUGCCAUUAGAGUUUUUUUUUGAAAUCUCUCGUUUUCUUUGUGUGUUCUCGUGGUGUGUUCCAGUUGCUACGAGGAGGGGGAUUGAUUGCUUGAGGAAGUAUCAAUUAAUAACUAGAAAAAGGCAGUAGGGUGGGAGUAUUUGAAAAGGAACAAUUGAAGCUGCACGAUACUCGAGUGAGGAUCGACUCAACAUGAGCUGUUCUACUCGAGUGAAGAAAUGCGGUGGCCGACGUGUGGACAACAACAGCAACAACAACAAUCGACGUUCGUUGCUGUUCUUGCUCGGUAGCGACGGUGGCGGAAUGAGCAAUCAUUCAGCUUCCGCUUGGUUCCACAACUCGUUGCAGCACUUGAGCCACAGUUGGCACCGAUUCAACAAGUUGGGCAUCAGUCGCGAUAAAAAAGCCGAUCGCUGUUCCACUUGGUUUGUUGACCAGACAGAUAACAAUAACAAAACGCUUCCUUUCUUUGCAUUUCCAAGGAGAACGAUCAGCGAGGAAUCCAUCGACUUCUUUGACCGAUUUUCAAAGAUCAGCGAACGUGCCAACACUCAAAGGAUUCCGGCCGGACGGCGAGGCGCUCAGCUGAGAGAGGAUGACACGGUUGAGGAAGCGUUCGUUCGAGCCAAUCGUAUCAACAAGUUGGACCACCAACGCAUCACGUCGAGUCCUCAGUUGAGUGAUGGGUCGGACGAAGGAGCCGAUCGGGUCGAGUCUGCUCCAUUACCGGCUCCGAGAUCUCGACCCAGGUCUCGCGUUCCAACUCCCACCGGCCAUCUUGCCUGGAUCUGGGGACCCGAACUGAUCGUCGGUGCCGAGGCGGAGAAUGUUUAUUGCGAAGUGCUCUACAGUCUUCUGCACGCCAUAAGCCGUACGGGAUGUGACAACAGCAGCAUAGAUCAAGUCUUUGACUACUUAAAACGAUCGUUCCAGUUUACCGACGCCAAACAUGAAGAAUUAUUGUCAACUGUUAGGCAGAGGACGCCACCAGAUGUCUCGUUGCAAUUGGGCGUCCUCCAGGCCCGCAAUUUGAAGGGCAAGGACGUCAACGGUAUGAGUGAUCCUUACUGUUCCAUAUGGAUUUCGAGCAAUCGCCAAAAGUUUCAGGAUACGUCCAUGAAACCGAGGACUCUGGAUCCCGUGUGGAACGAGACGCUGAAUUUUGCGAUAAAGGACGUAAAUGAAGAUAUUUUGCAGCUAGAAAUCUGGGAUUACGAUCCAGAUGAAACUGUCAAAGAAAAGAUGUCGCGUAUCACCGAAGUUAAAGAUUUACGCGGAAUGGGCAUCUUGCUAAAACAAAUCGCUGUAGCUUCAAAAGCGCCAGGAAAACCGGCCCAUAAAUUCCUUGGUUUAUUGAACGUCGGACUUAAAUCUAUUCCGCUCUCCGGAUUGGAACGCUGGUACCAGCUGGAAGGCCGAGACAAGACUAAAACGAAGGAGCGCGGAGAGAUCCGUCUCAAUUUGACACUGUCGGCCAGCCGUCCCGAUACAUCCGAGCAAUUCACGUUGCAAGAAAGCUUCAUCCAUUACGAACGCUUACUCAGGAUCGUUGUGGAACACGAAAUGCGAGCAGAUAGCGAAUGGCGUGGCGUUAUCCCGGAUUCGGCAGCUCUAAUGCUCCGCCAGUUCGCUGCUCAUCGAGGACUGAGACAAUCAGUGACGGACGCAUGUCUGUGGUCCGUCUAUUCGACCGCCUUUCAUAAACGCACGCUGGAUCUUUCCGUCAUGUUGGGCCUGGUCCAACGACUACGUAAGGCCAUCAACGAUGGUAAAUUACCCGAAGAAGAACUAGUCAACGUGUUUUGGACGGCUGCUGAAUCGUUUAGCGUCGCUGCAUUAUCAGCCAUCCGCCAUUUACGCAAUAAUCCGGAAUUGAGCACUAGACCUGAUCAACUCUCAGCUCUCCUCGAAUGCCUUAAGGAAUUGAACAUGUUAGGUUCUAACAGACCGGGAUUAUCUGAAAUGGAAGUUAGAAUCAGCGAGUCGGUUACGAUGGGAGCGGCUGAUUGGUUCUGUCGGAUUGUCGGCGGAAGAAGAAAAGGCGGACCCAUCUGUGACGACGAUCGUUUGGAAAAUGCGAUCCGUAUUUGUCAAUCUCUGAUGAGCGAUUUGAAAACGGUCUUAACUGUUUAUCAAAAAAUAUUUGAACGUAUCUGGCAAAUUCCAGUCUUCAACAUCGUCUACUUGUACUACGACGGCCAGCUAACCGACAUUUCCAAGCCCGUAGUGGACAGCGUCACGCGGAGUCUCAAAUCGAUUCAUACCAACAACAAUCAGAUCGCCUCAUUGGCAUUAGAAGCCUCGGGCGAGGUUCCUAGACCUAUGCAAAACGGACAUGCCAAACAGAACGAAGCGGACACUAUUGCCCCACGUUUAUCAAUGGGCACUGCUCUCUUUGAACUCUAUUUGUGCCUUCAACAAUUCCACAAGCUAUCAAUUUCAUUGCCCGAGUCGGAGAAGGAAAGCGUUAAAUUGGCCCCGUUUUACACUUGGUUUGAAACGGCUGUCGAUCGUUGGUUGGAUAUAGCCUUGUAUAAAGCCAUGAUUCGAAUUGGGAAAGCUGUUUCCUUGGAUAAUCUACAAACAGUGGACAGCAUAGUGCGACAUUCUUCAUCUGCUGUCGACGCUGUCAGCGUCUUCUAUUCAAUCAAAAUGUUUUGGGAACAACUAGCAUGGCCUGAUGAGAAAGGGGCGUUGUCUUUCGUUAUUAAAAUCAUGGAUGAAGUGAAACAAUCAGCAACAAUUUAUGCCGAGGCCAUUCGACUUAAAUUAGAGAGGCUCCAUUCCGGAUCACCAACGUCAGCCACUGCGCAGCCUUUUUUCAUUUCACUGAAAAUCUGUUCGGCCAUCAACAGUAUCUUGCACGUCCAACAAUCCAUCGAUCCAUUGGCGGAAGAAAUAGGACUCUACAGAUUACGUGACGCCGUCCAGGAGAACGGAGAUGACGGGUCAUUGACAGAAAAUGCCAUCAAAGAUGUUAAUGAGAAAUUGGACGAGAUCUUUUACGCUAUAGCCCGCAGGUUUGAAGUUGAAGUGGCUAAGCUCAUCAAUACGGUAAUGGAAUCUGAUUUUGGCAUGCGCCAAACUGACGAUCUCAACCACUACAUUUGCAACCAGCUUCUAGCGCUGGAUAGCAACCUUCCAAGAGACGUUUUCUUCCGUGUUUUAAACAUAAUCUAUCACCACAUCUUGCAGAGUUUCCUUAAUGUCGUAGAAGGCGAAGUCCAGAAAAAGCGACAGCCGGCUUGCUUCCGCCAGUGGAAAGAGCUGCUCGAUAUAGUUGAGAAUUGCUUCCAAAAUCCGGAAGCUGAAGAAGAAAUUGAGGAUGAAGCGUUGGUCAAAAUCCGCUGGCUACUCAAAUUGCACGGGAUGGACACGGGCGACCUUAUCCAUCAAUAUCGACUGGAUCGUCUAAAACAGACGUUGGAUUCCACUAAAGAUGCCGGGCUUGGUUCUCUAUCUGUUCGAGUCAUCUUUAUCGACGAUGCUCUAAAUAUCGAUAUACUUAAUGCCCGUAAUUUGAAGCCAAUGGAUGCUAAUGGCUCUGCCGAUCCGUACGUCAAAGUUCAACUCUUGCCAACCACAACCUUUCCGGAUGCAGCGAUCCUCAAGAGUAAAGUGCUUAAAAAUACUCUCUUCCCAUUAUUUGAGGAGAGCUUUACCUAUCCAGUACCAAAGUCGCUGCAGACUAAUCCGGAAUGCUGCAUUUUAUUCACAGUCAAGGAUAAGGAUCUGAUUGGUGCCAAUGAAAUGAUGGGUGAAUACUUCCUGGGCUUCCAGGAGAUCACCCGAGGAGACUCUUCAGUUGACAUGAACGCUUUAGAUCAAAGGAUAUUGCCACUGACUAAACCACACGAGCAAGAAUCUGAAUAUUUGAAUGCACUGGAAGGCCGUACAUGGGAUAAGGUAGCUCGCGAUUUCGCCAAAAAAGAGAAGAAACGUAUGAGCGGAAAGUGAUCAAAAGUGUUCCCCAAUGAUUUACAUAUUUAUACAUAUACUCUUUGGCGCCUAAUUGAAAAAGAAUUAUUCUGUAAAUAUGCAUACAAUACGAAUUUGAUGUUGCUUUGGUACUAUCGAUUUCUGUAUAACAAUAUAGCAGACAUUUUGGAUUCUGAAUAA